AUGGAGGCGUUGUCGCAGAAGGAGCAAAACAUGCUACCUGUGGGCACUCUUGUGGCGUUUGAGCGGCUUGACCACGGCGCGGCGGCGGAGUGGAGCUGGGCGCUCGGCACCGUGCAGCAGCACCUGCCUGGUGUGCGCACCUGCGUGGUUCGCUGCUGGGAACGCGAGGCGUGGGACGCCCACAGCAACAGUAUUGCCGUUAGCGUCAUCACUGAGGAGCUGCGUCGCGUGAAUGAACGGACAAAAUCUGCGCAGCGUCGCCUUCUCUACGCGGAUGAGAACACGCGCAGGCGGCACUCUUCCCCACACAACGGCAGUGACCACGGCACGUGGGUACAGGAGGGCCGCGGCCUUACGGGCGAGAUGGCAAGUUGCAUGCGCGGGUUAAAGGAGUGCCGCGCCAAGCAGAGGGACCUCAGUGAGGAGCUGCAGCGAAUCAAGACAUCGCCCUCCGCGACACCAACCGUCGCUCGCUUUACGCGACGCCGGGUUGGCGAAGAGGUCAUUCUUGCAUCAUCCCUCAUCAGAGUCGUUCCCGUCGAUGUGGACGCGGUUACGUGCGUCGUGACGGCAGCGGAGGGAGAGGCUAUUGCGAGAGAGGCGGCCAACCUCCGCGUGGUGAUGCAGCAGGAAUUGAAUCACUGCAGGGAUGAGCUCCUAGGCACGGUGGCGGAGCUGCGCUGCAUCCAGGCGUUCAGCGACGAGCUAGAAAAGCGGACGGCGUUGUGCAAUGAUCUCAUCCUGCGUGUGGCAGAUGCGGCACGCCCCUCGCCAGCAUUGCUGCACCCGUCGAACAGCACUGCAUUGGCGGACCUAAAGCAGUUGCGUGACACGGUCGACACUAUGGCACGAUGGGACUGGCAGCUGCCGUCGCCGCAACAACAGCAACAACAAGGUAGAGGGGUCACCACACGGCACUCCGCAGACUUCUCGUGGCAUGACGCCGAUUUGCUCGUCGCCAACAAACCCGAGGAGUUGUUAACUACCUUCACGACAGAGGUGGCCUACUGCCUCCAUGUUCCACUACGGAACGUAAGCAACGCAACAUUCCAGGUAAAAACGGCAGGACUGGCAGCCACGUUUGACGUUCACCACCCCACCAGUGUGACGGGCAGUCAGGUGGACGCCACGUUGCGCGCCUACCCUUUCCCGCUGCUUGAGUACCUGCAUCGCAAUGUCGCGGAGCCCAAAACCGGCUUGGAUCUCGCAAUUGAGGAGGUGUGCAAUGCUCUGGGAAUCAGUAAGAGCAAGCACAACGGUAUGCGCUUCUGCGAAUUCAUUGAACAGCUGUCGGUGCUCAACAUGACGGCUGAUAAGGACGCAUAUGAAAGCGAGAUUGGCGAUAUGCUAAUGCUUCUCGACAAACUGCACAGCGAGAAUCGCUCUCUGCAGCACACCAUCGCCAAAUCCAACGCGGAGUUCAGAAGGCAAGCAGCAGAGGCACAACGAGAGCGCGAGCUCUUAAAGACNCUCUCUGCAGCACACCAUCGCCAAAUCCAACGCGGAGUUCAGAAGGCAAGCAGCAGAGGCACAACGAGAGCGCGAGCUCUUAAAGACGAAGACUGCCGACCUCAACCAGGAGAUCGUUCGUCUCAACAAUGUCAUUGA